AUGGACGAGGACACGGAUCCCGUCGAGCCUGCGACCGGGACCCCCAACCAUCCUAUUGAGGUCUCUGAUGGUUCGUCUUUUCAUGGAUCACCCUACCGUGGUCCAGACAGUUACCAGGCAAGGUUUAACCAAUAUGAGUGGUACUUUACACCCUCUCAUCACUCAUCGCCCCACCAGCAGCAACAGCAGCAGCAGGAUCCCUCUGAGGAUUCGCAUUUCGUGGCGGUCACGCCACCGCCACCACCGCCGGCAGUAUAUCAAGCACCUCCGGAACCACCGAGGCGUAGAAGAUCAGGCGUACGAAUGUCCGUACGAGAGGGGGGCUUUCACUUUAGUACUCCCCAUCAUUCGAGUGGCAGCCACUACCCGCCACUACAGGAGGACCCACUAAUGGGUGGGCCUUCAGUUCCAGCAUCAGAGGUGAAUUCUACACCCAUCGCGCCGCCACCAUCGGGAUUUGGUAAUCCAAUCCCCACGUACGCCGGUUCAACGGCGUACAAUCCAUUCGAGUAG